AUGCCACGCCGACGGGAUAAGGAUAAAACUGAUCCAGAUAGGCCGCCCAGGGUACGAACCCGAAGCGGCUGUCAGACUUGCCGGGCUCGCAAGAUUAAAUGUGACGAGGCCAAGCCGGUCUGUCGGCGAUGCAGCGAGAAAGGCUUCCGAUGCCACACUGGCAUUGCCCUGAAAUGGGAGGAAGACUUUCUCAGCCGCGGAUUGGCCUUUGGUCGAAGUGGUACCAAUGCUCGUGCUUCAAUAUCAGGCCCACGAAGGUCCUCGCAGUCGUCACGGGGGCUCAAAGGGGCAGCAGAAGGCGAUGGCGGAGGGGCCCUGCAGGUACACUGGUGUCCGCUCCCCGUCAUUGAGUCUCACAGUUUCAUCCAUACCGAUACCAAGACUUUUUGCGAAACUGCCGCGGUGCGGGAUCUACAUGAAACGCAAAAUGCCGCCGCCAGACACGCGAGCCCCACGUCUAGCGAUGAUAGCGCCGAGUGGGAGGACGCGCCUGGCGAUGACUUGGUUGAUGCUGAACCCCUACCAUUGGUUCCUAUCAGAUCGAAUCGCGUCUCAGAAUCUUGCUCGUUUACCAUCCACCCUUCCAUUCUACAAUCUCUCGCUCCUUUUCCGCAGCUAGGCAACGCCAAGAACGCGCAGCUGCUGGAGUAUUAUCUACAAGCCCUUUGUCCAUUGACGACGUCAGGGUUAUCUUCAGACUCACCAUUUCGGUCUUUGAUUCUGCCGUUUUCAAUAACGCAAUCCUCCAAUGUCUUGCAAUCCGUGCUCGCGCUGGCCGCCUGUCACCGGAGCAAGUCUGAUCGUUCAUGGAAUGCGCCGGCCAUGCGGCUGAAGGCCGGAGUACUACGGGAUCUUCGAAGCCGUCUGGCUGCUCAAGACUCCACACAAGUUGCAUUGGACCCAGAGGUUUUAAUUACCAUGAUGCUCAUGUGUCUCUAUGAGAUUGUGAACAAUUGUGACCGCCGAUGGGUGAUUCACCUGCGUGGAGCACGAGAUGUGAUCCGUCUUCGACGACAGCUUCUCCCUGGCCCCAUAUCAGGGGAUGCCGGACAAGAACCAGUGGCUGCUUUUGCAGAACGGUUUUUUGCAUUCCAAGAUAUCAUGGGCCGUACGGCAUGUGGUGAAGCCCCGCUCUUUGGGACUGAAUAUUGGGAGUCUGACAGCGCGGUGGACGCGUGGAUGGGUUGUAGCCCAGCAUUGGCUCGGAUUCUUUGCGCCAUUACCGAGCUCAGCCGGCUCAAACAGCGGGAGCCCAAGUCGGAGCAAUUUGUGCUUCGUGCAGCUGCUGUUGAAAAUGAGCUGUUAAGGCUACGACAGACUGCGAGCUACGCUGAUCCUCUCCUCGAAAAGUCGGCCGAGCUAAAGCGGCUAGGAGCCGAGGUUUAUCUGCAUUGUGCGCUGUAUGAUGCUUCGCCGUCUACCGCUCUGGUGGCAAGUUAUGUAAAGGAAAUCCUGCAGGGGGUAGCUGCGUUCUUGGCACAAGGAACCGCAGCUGGGCUCACUUGGCCCUUAUUUGUUGCAGCAGUCGAGCUCGAUCCGAUUAACGACGAGCUUUGGACUGACUCAACAACAGGCCGUAGCGUUUACGGUCGCCCACUCGUUUUACGAGCGAUUGAUGUCAUGGCAAGCUCUACCAUGGCGAACAUUCACAAGACGCGUUCAGUGGUGAGCAAAGUGUGGCAAGCGCGUGACUUGGACCAAAUAGAACCAUCUUCAACUUCUUCUGGCUCGCGAUCACCUGGUAGGCAGCGUCGCAAUGAUUGGGAGACAUUUGUCGCCCCGUUUUGCGAUUCCAUGAGCUUGGCUUAG